UCAGGAAGACGGGCGGCCGCAGAGGAAACUUGUGAUAACUCACUACCUAACACCUGUAACCUGUACCUGAGAUCAGACCCAGUAUUAUACAACAAAUUCAACGCCGAUCUUGGCAACAAUAAUGAAAUCGCAGCCAAAAACGAAAUUCUAUCCUUAUUCAGCAGCCAUGUUAACGCAUUGAAUGAAAUUUUCCGCCGAACAAGACUGAAAUCCACGUCUAAAACCCCUUGUUUCGUUCAAUUUCAAAUCCAGCGGACAACGGUCAUGACAGACAACACGGAGAACUGUAACAAUGCCCUCCAGAAGACGGCGUUCUGUCAGGGGAAUCUAGACGUCAGUAACUUCCUCAAUCUUCACUCUCUAUCUAAUCAUGACGACUUCUGUCUGGCCUAUACCUUUACCUACCGAGAUUUUCUACAAGGGACGCUGGGACUAGCAUGGGUCGGGUCAUCCACAGCAUCGUCAGGUGGCGUAUGUGAAAGACACAAAUCUUACAGGGAAGGUGCUAUUGAUGUCAAAAAAAGUCUUAAUACGGGAGUGGUUACUCUACUCAACUACGGCAAACGUGUCCCACCACGUAUCUCAGAGCUCACAUUCGCUCAUGAAGUCGGACAUAACAUGGGAUCUCCACACGAUGACGGUAAAACGUGUGCUCAGACCACGCCUGACCAAGGAAACUAUAUCAUGUUCGCAAGCGCCACAAAGGGAAACCUCCCAAACAACGACGACUUCUCUCUCUGUUCUAAAAAUAUCUUUACUGAUGUCAUCGCUGCUGUUGUUAAUAAGAGGAAUGGAAAGUACAACUGCUUUACAC